AUGUCGUCGGUCGCACCAGAUGCUCGCGAGCAAGAGCCAUUGCUCAACUCGGGCUCACAGACGAGUCCGGAACAAGCAGACUCCAAUAUUGCGUGGAAUUUGAUCAGCGGUACUGCGAGUGUUGCGCAGAUUGGCAUUUGGGUGCUGGCCAUUCUCGUCUGGUAUAACGUCUUGUCAAUCCCAUGGAUGCUCUUUACAGGCCAUCCGCUCUUGGCCAGCUCCGCUCUUCUCCUGCAGGUCCAGGCAGCACUCAUUCUUCAACCUACGGCGACUUCCUCCCAGAAACAACAAGGCACUCGCAUCCAUUACAUCCUCCAACUUCUCAGUGUCUUGUGUUUUGUGGCCGCCUUUAUCGUCAUCGAGCUGAACAAGGGCUCUCAUCCCCACUUCACCUCCCCUCACGGCAUCCUCGGUCUGAUCACCAUCAUCAUUGUGGUGCUGCAGGCGCUUGUGGGAGUCAUCCAGUACUUUUUCCCCGUCACGGUCCUGGGCAGUGUGGACGCCGGCAAGCGCAUCUACAAGUAUCAUCGCUGGACCGGAUAUGUUCUACUACUGCUGGAGGUUGCGACGGUCCUGGCGGCGACCCAGACCGGCUUUAACGUGAAUGCAAUCCACAUUCCGACCUGGAUUGUGGUCGUCGCCGUUGCUCUGGUCCUGGUGGGCGUGGGUGCUCGCAUCAAGGUGCGCAAGCUGGGACUCGGCGAUGCUUGA